CCUGAUAUUGGAUUACCUGAAUAGGAUACCAAACGCAACCUAAUUGUUCUGUACUUUUUUUGCCGCCUCAAGCUCCUACAGUUAACCGCCCCCAAAUUUCAAGCCCUAGCCUCCUCAAUCUGGAACCCACUCGACAGCAUAAACGAAGAAGACGAAGUUUUGACCAAAAAAAAAAACGAAGACGAAGUGAAAAUGGUUUUUGGGCAAGUGGUGAUUGGUCCACCUGGGUCAGGGAAGACCACCUACUGCAAUGGCAUGUCUCAGUUUCUCCAACUCAUUGGAAGAAAAGUUGCUGUUAUCAAUUUGGAUCCUGCUAACGAUGCAUUGCCAUAUGAAUGUGCUGUGAACAUAGAGGAUCUUAUAAAACUAAGUGAUGUGAUGAUGGAGCACGGUCUUGGUCCAAAUGGAGGUCUUGUAUAUUGCAUGGAUUAUCUAGAGAAGAAUAUUGACUGGUUGGAGGCGAAGUUGAAACCUCUUAUAAAAGAUCACUACAUUCUCUUUGAUUUCCCCGGCCAAGUCGAACUAUUCUUUCUUCACUCCAGCGCCAAGAAUGUUAUCAUGAAACUCGUAAAGAAGUUAAACCUCAGGUUGACUGCAGUUCAUUUGGUUGAUGCCCACCUUUGCAGUGACCCUGGGAAGUAUGUUAGUGCAUUGCUUCUCUCUUUAUCAACCAUGCUUCAUAUGGAACUCCCGCACAUAAAUGUCUUGUCUAAGAUUGAUUUAAUAGAGAGUUAUGGAAAGCUAGCUUUCAACCUUGAUUUUUAUACAGAUGUAGAGAAUCUAUCUUAUCUUCAAUACAGUCUUGAUCAGGAUCCUCGCUCGGCUAAGUACAGAAAGCUCACUAAGGAGAUUUGUGAUGUAGUAGAAGAUUACAGUCUUGUCAAUUUUGCGACUUUAGAUAUUCAGGAUAAAGAGAGUGUGGGGAAUCUAGUUAAACUGAUAGACAAGAGCAAUGGAUACAUUUUUGCUGGCAUAGAAGCGAGCGCAGUAGAGUUCAGCAAGAUUGCAGUUGGUCCUGUUGAUUGGGAUUAUUACAGAGUUGCAGCGGUGCAAGAGAAGUACAUGAAGGAUGACGAAAAUUUUGAUGAUGAUGAACACUCUGGAGACUGACAAUCUUCAUUUUGUGAGAAAAUGAUUCUGGUGAGCAUUGUAUUGUUCCCCCGUCCUGCCUCAUGAUUAACAGUGAGGCACCUCCCAAGGUGGCAGAUGCUUUGUGUUGACGAAAUUAGGCAACUCGCUCUUGCGUGGCUAUUUUUGUAUGAUAUACGUAUGUCUCUUAGUCAUGCUGUGUUUAUUCAUGUGAAAAUGCAACUUACAUAGAGCUAAUUAAUUUACUAGAGAUUGAGCAAUAUGAUUACAUUGGUUUUAUAACAACAAAACUGUGGUUUUAUGGGGGCUGGAUUGAA